GUGGGGACGGGGCAGGAUGAGCUUGCAGAGUUUUACUGGAUUUUCUCCUUCCUUUCUGAGGAGCUACCGCUGCUGAAGCAGAUUUUUCCUUCCUUUCUUUUUGUCUGAUGUAGAAUCCUAGUAGCUAGGCAGCCUCCCUCUUUUCUUCCUUCUACCCCUUCAGUAUGUAGGAAGGGAGAGACAUCAAUGGAAAGGCCGAAAUACAUGUAGAUGGACUUUCAAAUGCUUUUUUCUUUUUUUUUUUUGGAAAGAGGAAGAUAGAGCCUACUUGCCACCGACUUUUUUGUUGCUGUUGCACUGCUUUGUAAAAAUGGGGUUUGCUUACUCCAGCUGAAUCCUCUCAGUGUUUUAGCGAGUUGCUACAGUGGAGGACUUCUCAUAUUUUUUGCAUCAGAGGAGCUACAUUGAUGCUAACCUUUUUUUUGUAAAAUGGAGAGCGAAAUAUUCACACCCCUUUUGGAGCAGUUCAUGUCUAGCCCUCUUGUCACCUGGGUUAAGACAUUUGGACCGUUAGCUGGAGGAAAUGGGACCAACCUGGAGGAAUAUGUGGCGCUAGUGGAUGGCGUGUUUCUGAACGAAGUCAUGCUGCAAAUCAAUCCAAAGUCUGCCAGCCAGAGAAUAAACAAAAAGGUCAAUAACGAUGCAUCAUUAAGGAUUCAAAAUUUGUCAAUUUUAGUGAAGCAAAUAAAAAGUUACUAUCAGGAGACUUUGCAGCAGUUGAUCAUGAUGUCUUUGCCAAAUGUAUUAAUAAUUGGCAAAAAUCCUUUUUCUGAGCCAGGUACUGAAGAAAUAAAAAAACUCCUCUUGCUUUUGCUUGGUUGUGCAGUUCAGUGUCAGAAAAAGGAAGAAUUUAUUGAAAGAAUCCAAGGUCUGGAUUUUGACACAAGAGCAGCUGUUGCAGCCCAUAUUCAAGAGGUAACUCAUAAUCAGGAAAAUGUGUUUGAUCUGCAGUGGAUGGAUGUUAGCGUACUGACGCAAGAAUAUGUUGAGCCUCUCUUGAAAAAUAUGGCAUUACAUUUAAAAAGACUUAUAGAUGAAAGAGAUGAGCACUCAGAGACUAUCAUAGAACUCUCAGAAGAACGGGACUGUCUCCGUUUUCUACCUCAUUCAUCAGCAGCACAAUCACCUUGUGGGUCUCCUGGCAUGAAACGCACUGAAAGCAGGCAGCACCUGUCGGUAGAGCUAGCAGAUGCCAAAGCAAAGAUAAGAAGGCUUAGGCAAGAGCUUGAGGAGAAGACUGAGCAGUUGCUUGACUGUAAACAAGAGCUUGAACAGAUGGAAGCUGAGUUAAAGAGACUUCAGCAAGAGAUCAUGUGAUUUAAUAUUCUUACUCUCUUUUUUUCCCCCCCCCCCUAUGCCCGGUCUGCCAGAGUCUAUAGAGAUGAGUUAGAUGCUCUUCGUGAGAAGGCAAUUCGGGUCGACAAGCUUGAAAGUGAAGUCAGCCGAUAUAAAGAGAGACUGCAUGAUAUCGAAUUUUACAAAGCUAGAGUGGAGGAGUUAAAGGAGGACAAUCAAGUGCUGCUAGAAACAAAGACAAUGUUGGAAGAUCAAUUAGAGGGGACCCGAGCCCGUUCUGAUAAAUUACAUGAGUUAGAAAAAGAGAAUCUACAAUUAAAAGCUAAAUUACAUGAUAUGGAGAUGGAGCGUGAUAUGGACAGAAAGAAGAUUGAGGAACUCAUGGAGGAAAAUAUGACUCUAGAAAUGGCUCAGAAACAGAGUAUGGAUGAAUCAUUGCAUCUUGGAUGGGAACUUGAACAGAUGAACAGAACUACUGAACUUUCUGAAGUGCCACAGAAGUCACUUGGUCAUGAAGUAAGUGAACUGGCAUCAAGCAGGUUACUGAAGCUGGAAAUGGAAAACCAAAGUUUACUGAAGACAGUGGAAGAACUACAAAAUGCAGUAGGUUCUGUGGAAGGCAGUAGUUCAAGGAUACUGAAAAUGGAGAAAGAAAACCAAAGACUUAGCAGAAAGCUUGAAGGGCUAGAGAAUGAAAUUAGCCAGGAGAAACAAAGUCUUCAGAAUAGUCAAAAUUUGAGUAAAGAUCUAAUGAAAGAGAAAGCACAACUUGAAAAGACACUUGAAGCAGUACGAGAAAACUCAGAGCGGCAAAUUAGGCUGUUAGAACAAGAAAAUGAACAUUUGAAUCAAACUGUAGCGUCUCUAAGACAACGCUCACAAAUCAGUGCUGAAGCAAGAGUGAAAGAAAUUGAAAAAGAAAAUAAAAUUCUUCAUGAGUCUAUUAAGGAGACCAGUAGUAAGUUAAAUAAGCUUGAAUUUGAAAAAAAACAAGUCAGGAAAGAACUGGAACACUAUAAAGAGAAAGGGGAAAGAGCGGAAGAACUCGAGAAUGAGUUGCAUCAUCUGGAGAAAGAGAACGAAUUAUUACAGAAAAAAAUUACCAACCUAAAAAUUACUUGUGAGAAGAUAGAGGCCUUAGAACAAGAAAACUCGGAUCUAGAAAUGGAAAACAGAAAGCUGAAAAAAACUUUGGAUAGCCUGAAAAAUCUCACAUUUCAGUUAGAAUCCUUAGAAAAGGAGAAUUCACAACUUGAUGAAGAAAAUUUAGAAUUAAGAAGAACAAUUGAAUCUUUGAAGUGUACAAGCAUUAAGGUGGCGCAGUUGCAACUAGAAAAUAAGGAACUGGAAGGUGAGAAGGAGCAGCUGAAAAAAAGCCUUGAACUCAUGAAAGCCUCAUUUAAGAAAACUGAACGUUUAGAAGUCAGCUACCAAGGUCUAGACACAGAAAACCAAAGGCUACAGAAAGCCCUAGAAAACAGUAACAAGAAGAUUCAGCAGUUAGAAAGUGAAUUACAAGAUUUAGAGUCUGAAAAUCAGACUUUGCAAAAGAACUUAGAAGAACUGAAAAUCUCCAGUAAGCGUCUAGAACAAUUGGAAAAGGAAAAUAAGUUGUUAGAACAAGAGACUUCCCAGCUGGAGAAAGAUAAGAAACAGCUAGAAAAAGAAAAUAAAAGGCUUCGACAGCAAGCAGAAAUUAAAGAUAGUACUUUAGAAGAAAACAAUAUAAAAAUCAGUAAUCUGGAAAAGGAAAAUAAGUCUCUGUUUAAAGAAAUAGUCGUAUACAAAGAGUCAUGCAUACGCCUGAAAGAACUAGAAAAGGAAAAUAAAGAACUUGUGAAAAGAGCUACCAUUGAUAAGAAAACUCUUAUCACCUUAAGAGAGGACUUAGUGAAUGAGAAAUUGAAGGCCCAACAAAUGAACAAUGAUUUAGAAAAACUUGCCCAUGAACUUGAAAAAAUAGGCUUAAAUAAAGAGCGUCUCUUGCAUGAUGAGCAGAGCAGUGAUGACAGUAGGUACAAGCUUUUGGAAUCAAAAUUAGAAUCUACGCUUAAGAAGUCUCUCGAAAUAAAAGAAGAAAAGAUUGCUGCUUUGGAAGCCCGUUUAGAAGAAUCAACCAAUUUAAACCAGCAGCUCCGUCAGGAACUUAAAACAGUGAAAAAGAACUACGAAGCCCUCAAGCAAAGACAGGAAGAGGAAAGGAUGGUUCAAAAUUCUCCUCCAAGAAGUGGAGAAGAAAAUCAGUCUGUCAAUAAAUGGGAGAAAGAAAAUCAGGAAACUACAAGAGAAUUAUUGAAAGUUAAAGAUAGAUUAAUCGAAGUAGAAAGGAAUAAUGCUACGCUGCAGGCAGAGAAACAAGCGUUGAAAACGCAAUUAAAGCAACUUGAGACGCAGAAUAGUAAUCUGCAGGCUCAGAUUCUUGCGCUUCAGAGACAGACUAUUUCUCUACAAGAACAAAAUACAACUCUACAAACUCAAAAUGCCAAGCUUCAGGUUGAAAAUUCCACCCUUAAUUCUCAGAGUACAUCUCUUAUGAAUCAGAAUGCACAACUGUUGAUCCAGCAGUCAACUUUAGAAAAUGAAAAUGAAUCUGUACUCAAGGAGCGUGAGGAUCUGAAAUCAUUGUAUGAUUCACUUCUCAAAGAUCAUGAAAAACUGGAACACCUGCAUGAACGCCAAGCAUCUGAGUAUGAAUCUCUGAUUGCUAAACAUGGAAGCCUUAAAUCCGCACACAAAAAUCUGGAGGUGGAGCAUAAGGACUUAGAAGAUAGGUACAAUCAGUUGCUGAAGCAGAAAGUGCAGUUAGAAGAAUUGGAGAAAGUACUCAAGGCAGAACAGGAGAAGAUGCUGCAGCAAAAUGAAAAACAUGAAACUGUGGCAGCAGAGUACAGAAGACUUCGUGAUGAAAAUGAUAGGCUUACUCAUACGUAUAGUCAGCUCUUGAGAGAGAAUGAAGUCCUGCAAACCGAUCAUAAGAAUUUGAAAACAUUAUUGAACAACUCCAAACUAGAACAAACACGGUUAGAAGCUGAGUUUUCUAAACUCAAAGAACAGUACCAACAACUGGAUAUUACAUCUACAAAACUGAAUAAUCAAUGCGAGUUGCUUAGCCAGCUUAAAGGAAAUCUGGAGGAGGAAAACAGACAUUUACUAGAUCAAAUUCAGACAUUAAUGCUACAGAAUAGAACAUUACUUGAGCAAAAUAUGGAAAGCAAGGAUCUCUUCCAUGUAGAACAAAGACAGUACAUUGAUAAGUUAAAUGAAUUGAGGCGGCAGAAGGAGAAAUUGGAGGAGAAGAUAAUGGAUCAGUAUAAAUUUUACGAGCCAUCCCCCCCAAGAAGGAGAGGCAACUGGAUUACUCUGAAAAUGAGGAAGCUGAUAAAGUCGAAGAAAGAUGUUAACCGGGAGCGUUUGAAGUCUCUGACCCUCACACCUACCCGUUCAGAAUCCAGUGAAGGAUUUCUUCAGCUGCCCCACCAGGACAGUCAGGAUAGCUCCUCAGUGGGCUCAAACUCUCUUGAAGAUGGCCAGACGCUGGGGACCAAAAAGAGUAGUAUGGUUGCACUGAAAAGACUGCCCUUUUUGAGGAACAGACCGAAGGAAAAAGACAAAAUGAAGGCCUUCUACCGUCGCUCCAUGUCCAUGAAUGACCUGGUGCAAUCCAUGGUCCUAGCAGGAGGACAGUGGACAGGUAGUUCUGAGCAUCUGGAGGGUCCUGAUGAUAUAUCUGCGGGUAAAAGGAGAAAAGAAUUGGGAGCUAUGGCCUUCUCUACUACAGCUAUCAACUUUGCAACUGUCAACUCUUCUACAGGCUUCAGAUCGAAGCAGUUGCUAAAUAAUAAAGAUACUACAUCCUUUGAAGACGUAAGUCCACAAGGUAUUAGUGAUGAUUCUAGUACAGGAUCAAGAGUUCAUGCUUCCAGACCAGCCAGCCUUGAUAGUGGCAGAACAUCCACUAGCAAUAGCAAUAACAAUGCUUCACUCCAUGAAGUCAAAGCAGGUGCAGGUAACAAUCAAAGCAGGCCACAGAGUCACAGCAGCGGAGAGUUUAGUCUGCUACAUGAACACGAGGCUUGGUCUAGCAGCAGCAGCAGUCCUAUUCAGUAUUUGAAGGGUCAUACCAGGUCUAGUCCUGUGCUCCAGCAAAGAAUGCCUGAAAUCCUGGAUGGUCGUGGAAAACAGAGCAAAACUGGUUCUCCUGGAAGUGAAGUUGUUACCCUACAACAGUUUUUAGAAGAAAGCAACAAGAGUACCUCAAGUGAGAUAAAAUCUGCAAGUGAAGAGAAUCUUUUAGAGGAAGUAAUGAAAAGCUUAUCGGAGUCUGCUGAAUUGACAGGCAAGGAAAAACGAAGAAGACAGCCAUCUGCCGGUUGUGGUAUUGUGAGGUCAUUAAGCGUAAAAAAUACAGUUGAUUUCUCAGAUGGACGAUCCAUUAAACCAGAACAACUUGUAAGGCCCAGCCUUCGUAAAACUGAAGAUACCUAUUUUACUAGCUCUCCGAUAAAAUUUACGUCAGGUACUCAAGGGAAGGUCAGAUUGGUUAAGGAAAAGAUACAAGCAACAGUAUCACAGCGGCAAUCAAAAGACUGCAAUCCUUAUGCUACUUUACCUCGCGCAAGCAGCGUGAUUUCUACAGCAGAAGGAACUACUCGAAGGACCAGCAUUCAUGAUUUUUUGUCCAAGGACAAUAGGCAGCCUGUGUCAGUUGAUCCAGCACCAUCUACUGCGGACAGAAGUGUUUCAUCAACAUCUAAUGUGGAAGCUAUACCAGAAAGCAGAAAUGCAAAAAGCAGGUCUAGGGAGCAACAAAGCUCCUAAUUCUAUUACCCACUACAUGAGAUGUGGGCCAAGUGAGAGAAAAGUGUCCUUCAGUAUCUCAAUAAGAAGCCUUUAUUUCUGAAGUAACAAGACAGCGACUGUAGGAGUCAUUAAUAAAAAUUAAGGGAAUUUUUUUACAAUUCUUCAUGACUAGAGCAGGCAAGAAAUAAAAACCUACCUACCUACCUUCCUUCCUUGAAUCAAGGAGCUCUACUGGAGUCUACUGCCGAAAAUUGUUAAAUGGUCUUAGGAAUUAUUGCACAUUGCACUGUUAAGAUCUACUGAAUAAAGGACAGUUCUCAUCUCUCUAAGGACCAUGAAUUUUAAGGUAUCAAGAAUUGCUCCAGGAAAAAAAUACUUCUUUCUUCUUCUGUUUAUGAAAUUAGCCACUGAUUUGCUUAAGCUUCCGCUAGUAAUUAGCCAAAAACACCCCAUAACUAGCAGUUUAUGUUUAGUUCUGUAAAUCUGCAAUAAAUGCUGUAGUAUUUUGUUGAAAUUGACUGUAUAUACAGAUACAAAAACCUCACAGCUUACUGGCACUUCACUGCCUUAUUUGGUUAGCGUAAUCCGCAUGAAAUUGCUCUGAAAAAAAAGUUUAUGCUGUUUUUUCUUUUUUUGCGUACUGCAAGAGAAAAUUCUGUUUACAUAUGUGGAAAAAAUUCAAUAACUAACAAAAUGGGAGUUAUGGAAUAUCACAUUAUAUGGAAGUUAAUGUUUGUCGCUUGUGUUCUUUACAUUCCCAAGUUAUUCUGCGUAUAUAUAUAUUCAGAUGUUUUUGACAGGAAAUUGUCAGAUAUGAUUUUUCUAUAACUUUGGUUUUUGUUUUUUUUAAUAAGGUUGUUUUCAACAAAUGGCAUUUCCAGGAUAAGAUUGUCUUAUGAUGUUUGUGUGUUAACUAAUUUCUUUUUUUUUAUUGUUUAUCUUUUGACAUGAGCUGAUUGUGGCUUAGGAGAUUUCUUAAUGGCAAAAAGAAAUGUAAAUAAUAUCAUAUGCAUUUUACAAUCAAUCCCCCUAAGGUUAUCUUUUUAUUAGUAAGAUAUGUUUUGUUUGUUAUUGAUUCACAUUAAAGUCAACAAAUGUUAUUGGUACUUUUAAUGCUUGUAUACAUUUGUUGUCUUGAAAACAUUUGCGGAGAGCUCAAAGGAAGCCUGAUCUAAAAAAAAAAAAAAAAA